CCUAACCCUUCCCUCCCUCAGGCCCUCUGGGCGCGCUGCUCCUCAACUCCUGCACCAUUGCUCAGCGCUCCAUGAUGACCAAAUUUUGUGUCCAAUGACGAAAUAGGUAAAGUGUCCGCAGUACUGGGGGCCCCUGGACGGGAUGAUGCCCAUGGUGAACUCCGCCCUGUACACCGCCGUUUACCACGCCUCCGUCAGUCUCUUCCCCUCGGCUCACUUCUUCCUGGGCGCCGCAGCAAGUGCCCUCAUGCUCGUCUUCUUCUGUGCCCUGCGGUGCGCCGACAAGUCAGGGCAGUAUGACGUGGAGAGGGCCAAGGUCACCCCGACGAAGGGCCCCGUGUCCAACAAGACCUUGGUGAUGCGAACCAACUCCUGGUGGGUGACCAGCGACGCCCUGGCACUGGCACUGUCCACAGGUGAACAUCCCACGACCCUCGCCUCCCGCCACGCCAGCCAGGAGGCCGCGCAAUGCCAGGGGGAAACCAGACCACGCCAAGGCGGCACUCCUUGAUAAGGGAGGUCUUACAUGAAGAGCCUGAGUGCCAGGAGACAGUGCCACAGGGCCACACGGCUGCACCAAGACACCCCUGGAGGCGCCAAGUCAUGCAGGCACCUCAAGUUCCUGAUCAAAAGCAUCGCUAGGCCACGGCGUGAGUCUCCCGCAGAAGGUCAUGAGAGGGCUCUAGGAAAACUAACCAUUUCCAGCCUCUUCGUGAACAUUAACUCAGUGGCCAGUGACGUCAUCCUCCCGAAGGCGACGCAGCAGGGGGAGGAAGGGGAUUCAGAAGAUUCCCAGUGACUCCAAGGAUACUGAAAGGCGUUCCUCUUCUGAGUCCUGCCCUGUGUGAGGUGAUGAAGGGGCUGCAGUGCAUGUAUAGUCACUGCUGGACUUCAGUCACAAAGGAAUACAAAGAAGGAACAAACAUGUUGUUGUAAUCCUUCAUGAUGCUGUUGUGUGUGAUACGCUACGCUAUCUAAUCUAAAGUAAGAGAUUGCAGGGAUAGUAAAGGCGAAGACUCCUCC